UGCAGCUCACUGUGCAUUGAAAAUCACUGUACGUCAUUAACAUUUUCCAUUCCCCAACUUCCAGAAUAUUUCCCCCAUGGUUUGUAGACCAGCUGAAGGAUCGUGUGGAAGCUGAGAGAGAAAUUAGAGGAAAACUGCUGAAAGAGCCUGGCGUUUUACAGCUGCAGUGUCAACGUGGCUCUUGAGUCUUGCCUUGAAUGUCUACUUGGAGACUCCAAUGGCACGGUCAACCCUGCUCUCAGAUUCUCUACCAAUGAAUUCAGUCUCUACUGAUAUGGUUGACACCAUGUGGGUGACUAACCUGGUAGCCAUGGCCCUAUUGGCCACUGCAGCCUCAGCUGCCACCGCCGCCUCAGCAGACAAGGUCUUGAGCAACCACGCCACCCUGCUGGCUGACAACAGCGCCAGCCUGGCCUUCAGCCUCUACCAGAACAUAGCCAAGGAAAAGGACCUGGAGAACAUCCUCAUCUCCCCGGUGGUGGUGGCCUCUUCCCUGGGCCUGGUGGCACUUGGGGGCAAGGCCUCCACUGCCUCCCAGGUCAAGACCGUGCUGAGCGCUAACAAAGUUAAGGACGAGCAGCUGCAUGCUGGCCUGGCCGAGCUCCUGGAGGAGGUCAGCGACUCCAAGGCCCGUAACGUCACCUGGAAGAUCAGCAACCGCCUAUACAGCCCCAGCUCGGUCAACUUUGCAGAUGCCUUUGUCAAGAGCAGCAAGAAGCACUACAAAUAUGAACACACAAAGAUAAACUUCAAGAACAAGAAGAGCGCUGUGAAGUCCAUCAACGAUUGGGCAGCCAAAUCCACCGAUGGCAAGCUGCCCGAGGUAACCAAGGAUGUGGAGAAGACCGAUGGGGCCAUGAUCAUCAACGCCAUGUUCUUUAAACCCCAUUGGGAUGAACAGUUCCACCAUAAGAUGGUGGACAACCGUGGCUUCCUGGUGUCUCACACUCACACUGUUGGUGUACCCAUGAUGCACCGCACAGGUAUCUAUGGCUUCCACGAAGACACGGUGAAUAAGCUGUUCAUCCUGAGCAUGCCCCUGGCCCAUAAGAAGUCCAGCCUGGUGUUCUUCAUGCCCUACCACGUGGAGCCCCUGGAGAGGCUGGAGAAGCUGCUGACCCGCAAGCAGCUGGAAGACUGGAUGGGCAAGCUAAAGGAGACGGCUGUUGCUGUGUCUCUGCCCAAAGUCUGCAUGGAAGUCAGCCACAACAUCCAGAAACACCUUGGGGAGCUGGGUCUGACUGAGGCUGUGGAUAAGACCAAGGCGGACCUGUCCAACAUCUCUGGGAAGAAGGACCUGUAUCUGUCCAAUGUAUUCCAUGCCUCUGCCAUGGAGUGGGACACCGAUGGGAACCCCAUAGACAUAAGCAUCUUCGGCACAGACAAGCUGAAGAACCCCAAGCUGUUCUACGCUGACCAUCCCUUCAUCUUCCUGGUGAAGGACACCAAGACCAACUCCAUCCUCUUCCUCGGCAGACUGGUGCGACCUAAGGGCAAGAAGAUGAGAGAUGAAUUAUAACACUUUGGAGUCUUAUGUGAAGUGUUUUUGUAUGUGUGCGUGUUAUGGUGUUUAUGUGUUUGUAUUGUUCUAUGCAAAGAGAGGAAAGGGAGAAAAUGAAUUGCACGUUUAAUACCUCAAGACUACAUUCCCAUUUGAUCAUCAAUGUGCCAACAUUUGUUCCUGUUGUUCACUAUGCAUGAUUCAGAAUUAUAUUUUUGUGCUGUAAGAAACAAAGCAUUGUGUACUCUAACUUCACCUGGACAUGGUAUUAUCAUCAAGCCUGGUUUCAAAACUGAAUAUCGCCCCAUUUCACAAAAGAGAGUGAUAUUGGGUUUGGUCACCCUCAUGUUUGAGUAUUUAAAUUAAGAUGAGAUGACAGGAUGGAUACUUACAUUAACUAUUGCUUAAAUGUAAAAUAAGCAUUCCUCUGUUUUCCUCUCCUGUCUCCAGUUGGGAUCCCAACUGAUUGCACACUCUUUCACUUCACUUUGGAUUAUAGGCUAUUUUUCUGUUGUA